AUGGCGAAAACGAGACCAGGCAAAAAGGAUUUAGACUCAUAUACAAUCAGAGGCACAAACAAGAUCGUAAGAGGCGGAGAAUGUGUUCUGAUGCGACCUACGGACACAUCAAAACCCCCGUACGUAGCUCACGUGGAGAAGAUCGAACAAGACAACAGAAACAAUGUGAGAGUGCGCGUGAGGUGGUAUUACAGACCUGAGGAAUCAAUUGGGGGUCGCAGACAGUUUCAUGGUGCUAAAGAGCUUUUUCUCUCUGACCAUUAUGAUGUUCAGAGUGCUCACACUAUUGAAGGGAAAUGUGUUGUUCAUUCUUUUAAGAAUUAUACUAAGCUUGACAAUGUAGGUUCUGAGGAUUAUUAUUGUAGAUUUGAGUAUAAGGCUGCUACCGGUGCUUUCACUCCUGACCGGGUCGCCGUGUAUUGCAAAUGUGAAAUGCCGUAUAACCCGGAUGACCUCAUGGUACAAUGCGAGGGCUGCAAGGAUUGGUACCAUCCUGCUUGCGUGGGCGUGACUAUUGAAGAAGCAAAGAAAUUGGACCAUUUUGUUUGUGCUGAAUGUUCAUCUGAUGACGACAUAAAGAAACCCCAAACUACAUUUUCUUCAUCUCCUGGAUCUGAUAGCAAGGUGGAGCCUAAGCGGCGGAAGAGAGGACCAUAA